AUGUUUUCAAACACCUCUGGAAGUAUUGACAAAUCAGUCCACGUGCACUGCGCGAGGGAACGUCUAAAUGCAUGUAAUCUUAUCGCCGUUUCUACAGAAGAAAGCGAUAAAAGUGUUGUCGAAAAUUGGAAUCUACUACAAUCAUUUGUCUUCUCCAAAAUUUAUAGGAAUUGCUCAUUGUUAGUGCGGGUCAGGAAUAGUCACAAAUCACAUGAAAGCUGUAUGGCUGGAGAAUCUAUCCAUGGUUACGGCCCAAUGGACGUUGAGCUGGCUAAAGCUACACAGGCCUGUCUGGAUACCGGAAGCGUGCUGCCUAUAAUAAAAGAAGAACUCAAAUGUGCCAUACAGAAUAGACGUUUGGCGGAGGGCAAGACUGAAUUAGCCGUUCAGUUCACACCUCCGACCAAACAGAAGCUUCGUCCAGAAGAAAUGGUUAAAAAAGAAAACAGAAGAGAUCAGAACAGAAGGGCAGCCCGGAAGUUCCGUCAGAAACAAGCAGCUUCAUUAAAGGAAUUCCAAAAGAGAAUCAAGCAAUUAGAAGUGGAAAAUGGAAAGUUGAGAAUGCAAGUUAAACAGCUUACACAAAAGACAAGACACGGAAAACUACAUGUCCAUAAUGCUAUGUGUGGAAACAUAGCCGAGCAGGAUGUUCUUGGAAUGACAUAG